AGCUGCGCGCGCACCGCAGACAAGCAGAGAACUCACAGCAGAACCAGAACCAGAGCUGAGGACUGAGCUGGACCCGCUGUUGUGACCCGAACCUUCAGCCGGACCAGGUUUGACCCCGGAGGACUGAGCUGGACCCGGCUGAACUUGGAGCUGAACUGGACGCUGCAGACGGAACCACAAUUAUUGGAGCUCCGCCUACUCUGACAUCACAGUGCUCCUCCAAUAAGCGUUGCCACGGCGACAGCUUAGGAUGAUGCUCUCCACCUCUGACAGUGAUGCCAAACAGAGACGUAAAGAUAAUGAAGAUGGUGAAGAGGACAGGGAGGACGCAGACCAUCCCGUUACCAUGACGACAACAACGGAAGAUCCCGUCGACCAAUCGGACGCUGGAGACAAACCCCGCUCAGGUCAGGACCUCAGCUGGGACUCCUGCGACGAAGGGGGCACUGUUCUGUCAGACUCCAUCCAGGAGGCGUUACCAUGGCAACGGAAGGAGGAGGAGCACGAUGAUGAGGAGACGAAGGCAGUGGCGUCUUCGCCCGAUGGACGAUUCCUGAAGUUCAACAUCGAGAUCGGACGGGGGUCCUUCAAGACGGUUUACCGCGGCCUGGACACAGAGACCACUGUGGAGGUGGCCUGGUGCGAGCUGCAGACUCACUGCCUGAGCCGGGCUGAGCGGCAGCGCUUCAGCGAGGAGGUGGAGAUGCUGAAAGGCCUGCAGCACCCCAACAUCGUGAGGUUCUUCGACUCCUGGAAGUCCAGUCUGAGGGGCCCUAAAUGCAUCAUCCUGGUGACCGAGCUCAUGACGUCCGGAACCCUCAAAACGUACGUGGGAAGGUUCCGCCCGAUGAAGCUGAAGCUGCUUCAGCGCUGGAGUCUCCAGAUCCUGAAGGGUCUCCACUUCCUGCACUCUCGCUCCCCUCCGAUUCUGCACCGAGACCUUAAGUGUGACAACAUCUUCAUCAAUGGACCCACUGCCUCGGUGAAGAUCGGAGACCUGGGCCUCGCCACGCUCAAGAAGGCCUCGUUCGCCAAGAGUGUCAUCGGAACUCCUGAGUUCAUGGCUCCAGAGAUGUACGAGGAGAAGUAUGACGAGGCCGUGGAUGUUUACGCCUUCGGUAUGUGCAUGCUGGAGAUGGCAACAUCCGAGUAUCCUUACUCCGAGUGUCAGAACGCAGCCCAGAUCUACCGCAAGGUCACCAAAGGGAUCAAACCGGACAGUUUUAACAAAGUACAAGUCCCAGAACUGAAAGAGGUCAUCGAGGGCUGCAUCCGAACCAAGAGCAGUGAGAGGUUCACAGUUCAGGAUCUUCUGGACCACCGGUUCUUCCAGGAGCAGACGGGUGUCCACGUGGAGCUGGCUGAAGAAGACGACGGUUUGAAGGCGGCGCUGAAGCUUUGGCUUCGGAUGGACGACAACAAGAAGCUUUGUGGCAAAUACAAAGACCACGACGCCAUCGAGUUCUUGUUUGAACUGUACAAAGAUGUUCCUGAGGAGGUCGCCCAAGAGAUGGUGAUUCUGGGGUUCGUGUCAGAGGCGGACUACAAGGUUAUUGCCAAAGCGAUCAGACACAGAGUGACGGCGAUAAAACGGGAGAGGGACAAAAAGCGCCGCCUGCUGGAGGAAGCUCACAACAACCAGAAAGAAGCCAUCAACGAGCAUGAACCUGAGCCCAACUCCCUACAACCUGAGCUGUCCAAUCUGAAAGCUGAAUCUGCCUCAAACACAUCUUCUGCUGAAAAGGCAGCCAGUCAGAAUAAGCCUCCUGCUGGAUCUCAAUCCCCACCCACAGCACCCACAUCAGCAGUGACAUCAUUGGCAUUGUCCUUAAACAGCCUGCUGGAUUCUGGGAUCAGCAGCAUGUCCUGCAGGACAGAAGGAGAUGAGGACAAAGACAAGACGACCGAACUCUUAUCCCACUCCUCUGCUGCCUCCGACUGUGAGACAGGGGUCUACUUUAACACCUCAGGUGCUGCAGAGACCCCGCCUCCUGUCCCAAACCCCACCCCUGUCUCGGAGACUCAGUCCCUUCUAAAUCAUCCAGCGUUCAAAGCUCCGCCUUUCCCCAUGCUACGCUUCCCAAAGAGCAUCGCCGUGUUCCAGAACGCUGAGCGACAUCCACCUAACUCAGUCCACGGCUUCUCCUCACCUGUCGACAGCUAUUCCUCUGACAUAACCUCGGGUUUUAGUGACGGCAACGAUGGCCAACCAGAUAAGAGCAACCAUGAAGCUGCUAAAAGAGAAGCUACGAAGCAAUUCAGGAGGAGAGCCAGAGCUCGUCUGAGAAUCAUCGGGGUGUCCGAUAAGGAGGACCGGGUUGUGGAGUGUCAGCUGCAGACUCACAACAAUAAGAUGGUGACCUUCAAGUUUGACCUGGACGGAGACAAUCCAGAGGACAUUGCGGCGGUGAUGCUCCACAGAGACUUCAUCCUGCUGUCAGAGCGGGACGGAUUCAUCCUUCGGAUGUACGAAAUCAUCAAGAGGGUGGAGCUUAUGAUGCACCAGCAGCAUCCAAACACGUUGUCCAACCUGACGGCGUCCACGCUGCCUGAAUCACAGUUAAAUCUGGUAACAAAGGGUUUGUCCAGAACUAUGUCCUCGUCCUCAUUACCUGACAUAGGCAACAGUAGCCCCUCCCCUUUGAAAGCUGUUGAUUUCUGCAUCGACCGUGAGGCCACGCCCCUCGUCAGACCACUGAGGUCCCAGUCUUUUCAGACUCCGUCAGGUUCCUCCUAUCAGCUCCCCCCUGUACCCACUCCCUUCCCCCCACCUCCCCCAGCUCCUCAGUACCACCUCCCGACUCAACACUACUCCACUUACACAGCCUUCUACCCCACCCCGAACCCUAUCCCUCCACUCCCCCGAGUCCAGAGCAACCCCUCCCUCCUCACCUCCGUCUCCGCUCCCUCAGUGCCUUCCACUCCGCAGUGGCCUCCCCCUGACCAGCCUCUCUUCUCUCUGGCUAACGUCCUCUCUGUGGCUAUGAGUGUGGCCCAGUCCCUCAUGCCCCAAACCGGGACUCAGACCCUCAUGCCCCAAACCGGGACUCAGUCCAUCAUGCCCCAAACUGGGGCUCAGUCCUUUAUGCCUCCAGCAGGGGGUCCAAACCAGGGCUUUCACCCCCCUCACCUUCAGGUCAUGUCUCCCCUGUUCCCGAGCCCCCAGACGGCACUCUCUCCUCCUGGAUCUCCAUCUUUGGGCUCUAAUCUCCAGCAUCAGAACCACUCGUCCUUCUCCCCCACCCUCCCCCACCAACAGGUCUACACACCCACUUCACCUCAGAUGGGCUUCGGCCAGCAGGGGGGGGCAUCUGGCCAGGCUGCAGACACACCCCAAGGAGGGCAGAAUCCGAUCCAGCUCUUCAGUCCUGUUUUGAAGCCUGGCUUAGCUCCGCCCCCUACAGGUUCAGACAUAGUCCUCCUUCCCGGUCAGACCAGUACUCCCAGUCAUCAAGGAGAGCUCUCUGACUCCUCCUCCUCCUUCUCCUCUCCUCUUCCAUCAACUCCUCACAAACUGGUUUCUCCUCCUGGUUCUCCAUCAGCCAGAAUUUCACCGACCCUAAAAGUGAAGAAACCGGCCUUCACUGUCGGUCGUGUCGGUCGCUUCCAGGUCUCGCCCUCCAAAGACUUUUCUUUUGACCUGCGCCCAGAGCCCCGCCCCCUGAACUGGACCACACCCACCACACACUCACCACCUCCUCCCACAUGGAACCAAUCAGAGAACGAGUCAGGAAGCAGUAUGGAGGAUAACCAAUCAGAGAGUACCUUCCAUUUGGUCUCUCCACCUGGAAACUAUGGCAACCCCUCAUCUCAGGAGGACAGGAAUGCAGAAAGUCUCAAGCUGAGCAUCAAUCUGUGGGAGGAGUUAACCAUCAGCCCCCGUGUGAGUGGCAGCAGUUUCAGCCAAUCACGGAGCCGCUCUGCAACAUACAGCUCUGACGAAUCAGAGGAGGAGGAGCUGUGGGAGGAGCUAUUGGAGCUACGUCAAAGACACCUUGUGCAGGUGCAGAAGCUGCAGGUGAGUCAGAAGCAAGAGAUGGAAGAGCUCUACCGCCUCAAGGGAAAAGUCCCGCCCCCUGGAAUUCUUCCUCCCGCUGCCAUGUUGAACCACCGCCAUCGCCGUCCCUCCAAGUCAGGAAACGUCCCUCCGGCUCACAAAACCAGCCAGCAGAGAGCGGACAUGCUGCCCCAUGCAGGCAUCAUGAGGAGGAGCUCGGUGAACGGCACCAGCGGUGGAUCUCAGGACAGAGCUCUGAAAGGCGUGACGUUCGCUCUGAGACACAGCUACAGAACAGGAGCUGAUGAAGACAUGCUGACCUUCAGUGACGCUGAAAAUGAUGAAGAGGAGUAA